GGGCAGUGCUAGCAUAGCAUCGGAAUGAGUAAAGUGCCGUCCUCAAUUUGGACCUGAAACUUGUUCAGCGGUUCCUGUCAGCGGACGGUUUCGCACUGUUGCGUACCGACAUGGGGUCACCGGGGUCACCGGGGUCGAAGGCUGUCGGAGGACGGACGUUAACAUGCGGGGUGAAGCCUCUCCUCGGACCUAACGGGAUGCCGCUCGGUUAGUCUCCCCCUGAGCCCGCAGUCGGAUUUAUGUGGCGCACGAGCUAGCAGGCUAGUUCCCAGGCUGUUAUUCACGAGCUGCUUCACGCACCACACGGGAAGUUAUGGCGCGGUUGGUGUUGGAGCAACUGUCAGAUUUCGGGGACUUUACUGGCGGUGAAGACGUCCUCAGACUGACGAGUCACGAGAACACAAACAGCCUGUCAAACGUCCGCCUGAGCCCAGAAGGACGUCACGUCCAUGUCAUCUUUCGCGAGCCUCAGGUCGGUCUCGUGACUCUGGACAAGUUUGAAAGACCCCAUCUUGUCCAGAACCAGAAGAAGCUGGAUUUGCGGUCGACGCGAGCCGUGCCCAUCGUGGACGUGUUGUAUUUGGACCAUCGUGACAGCAGCAGAGACACGGCGGCCGUGGCGGUCGUUUAUGAGAAUGGGAAAGCGGAGUUUUGGAAAUUCCAGGAGUGCAAAGCAGGCUGGCAUCUCCUGCAAUCUUCAGAUCUGUGCAACAGCCCCCGAGCAACAGUGGUGUCCGUGUGCGCAUGGUCCAACCUCCUCAUCUGGUGUGAGGAGAGGCCGCCCUCAGAGAGCACCCCUGCUCUCAGCUCCACAAGGAAUAAGUUGAGAUACUGUGUUUGCAGACGUGACUUCGAGGUGUCUGAGGGGGCUGUGAGCCUGGGAGGAGUGAAAAUCGCCCUCCACAACAAUCCUAAAUUCACGGUGGUCAGCUCCGGUGAAUUUGUACAUCUUCUUCCUGAUUUGAAAGGGAAGCCGCCGAUGACCGUCUCCAAAUGUUUUCUCUCCUGGUCCCCUCUCCAAGAUUCCUUCACAGUCGGCACCACAUGCAAAAGCACACCCCUCAAAAAGCUUUCAGCUCAAGAGUCUGACUUAAAAAGGUUGCUGACGGACUGUUUGGGAUAUUUAUCAACACUUGAACCACCUGAGAUCUACGACUUCUCUCCCACGGCCUGUGGAGGCCUGCUGCUGCUGCUCAGCACAGGGUGGGUGUGUCUUCUGCAGAAAGAUGGGAUGCUGCGGCAGGUAUACAAGCUGGCAGGCAACUGCUUGGUCACGCGUGGUACUCACACGAGCCUCUGCAUGUAUCAGGACGUCAUAGCGGUGGUGAUCGGGCAAAACCUGCAUCUGAUAGACGUGAACUGUGGCAGAGAGCUGGAAAAGAUCACGCUGAAGAACGAGGGGGUAUUGUAUGUAAAUUGUGCUGAAAGAUGUGCACCUCACCUGCUCUUAGAAACCGGUCUUUUUGUGGUUGUGAACAGGGAGACAGACUCCAGAGAUUGCGGCUCAAAGCGGAAGCCGUCUUGUCUCAGUGCAGUGGAGAGUAAUCAUCCAGAAGCCCUGCUGGUAGAGGCUGUCUUUGAGGAGGCCUGUAAAUACUACCAGCAGAGGAGCCUGAGCAGCACCCAGCUCACUGUGGACACGCUGAAGAAAGGAGGUAGGUUCCAGGCGCCCAUCUCUUUAGCGUCCAUCCUCAGGAACUACCUCAGCACAGGGCUGAGGCAGAAAGGAACAGAGCCGUCCCAGAAUGGAGGAGUCGGAUGUACAGCAGGACAAGACAAGCUCAUGGUUUCUCUGGAGUCUGAGCUCAAGGCUCUGGUCUCUCUGGAGGAGGUGAAGGGGAGUUUAGUGAGGGGGAAUACCAAAGAGGUGGAGGCAGUGUGCGAGAGUCUCGUUGAGAAAGAAGUUGCCAGGCUGCUCUCGGUCUCAGAACUGGAUAGAGAGGCUCUGCUUUACCUCAACUCCCUCUUCAGCAUCUUCCCCUGCCAGUUGUGGAGAGCAGCGCAGGCUGCCCUUCAGCUACACCACAACGGGGACGGCUCUCUGUCCAGCAGGGCUCCCCCAGAAGUGUGGAAAACUGUCCUCAGUCCUGCUACGACACCCAGCACCCCGACCUGCCUCUCUUUGACAAACGGUGGGCCAAAACACAAUUAUAGCCUCAAAGGUGAUCACAGCACCAACUACAAACACACACAGUCCACUUCUCCAGCUGCCCUGCCUGUGUUUGAACUCCUCUGCCACUCAGUGUUCUCCUUCCAGCCCAGCUGGUUGCCCAGGUUCCUUGAGCUCGCCCAGCAGCAGCAGGGCUCCGCCGGCCUGGGCCUCAGCCUGGCUUCUUCCUCCUGGGGCUUCUCCAGUGGGAGGGGAGGGGAGGGCGGGGAGAACAAUGUGCCGCUCUACAAACGAGCCCUGUGCGUCCUGUCCAGCCUGACGCCAGACAGAGAUGGAUGCCAGGACUUAGAGGUGGAGCUGCUGCUGGUCAGUGGGCGUCCUAAUGCCAUCCUGCAGGCGUUGAGGAUCCUCAUGGCCAAGCAGCAGUGGGAGUGGGUCACCCAGGUGGCCCAGAAGUUCUGCAAACAGAGUCCGCUGCUCAACAAGGAGAUUUUCACCACUCUGCUGUAUGAGGUGAUUCAGCACAGAGACCUGGACCCCUAUUUGGACCUGCUGUGGGCGCUGUGUCCAGAAGACCUCACGGUCACCACCAUUCUCAACUUGGUGCUGAAAAACCUCCCUUCCCCUAACACCGUGCCCUCCUCCUCCUCCUCCUUCUCCACUAAAACCUCCAUGUCCCCUGCUCCCUUUGCAGACUCCCACAGCAGCCAGUUGACCAUCGGACUGCUGAAACCUCUCCUGAGAAAAGUCCUUCAGAGGGAGACCAAGCCUAGCCAGCGCUAUGCAGACAUCCUCCAGUCACCAUCAUUCCCCCCUCCUGCACCUCCUCGCCAGCCCACAGAGCAGCCCAGACGCCAUCUUGUCCUCUUUGCUCCCUCGGAGCCUCACAGGACAUUCCAGACUUUAUACCCAGUAAGUGACUCACAGUUUGACUUUAAAUUCAAUUGUGGAGGUAAUUCAGUUAGUAUUGGAGUGUGGGUUUGGUAUGUUGUGACUAACAUGGAUGUGCUGCUUGCAUCAGGUCAUGUACGUCUUCCUUAAUGGACCCAGUGAGGGGAAUGCUAUUAAAGAUAUUAGGUAAUAUUAUACAAGAUAUUAGUCUUGUUUCCUUGGCCAUGUUAGCUUUCUCCAUGCUCUGGAACCGAUUGCACUUUUACAUCACCCCAGUCAGUAUUGUUUGGCCCAUGCAUCUGUCCAGAUGAAUGUUUUUCGAUUUAGUGCUGUUAACAAAAGUAUAUUUAAGUGCCUAUAGUAUUUAAUGCCUUAUUAAUGUUUGUGCAGUCUAUAUAUUGUGUGUUUUAAUCAAAGGAAGCAAUGAACAAAAUGUGGUUUAUUUUCUCACACUCUUUUGAAGACUACUAAAACAUCCCUUUGCCUUGCAUGGGUGAGAUUUGUGACAUCUCGAAAUUGUUGAAUGACAAUCGGACUCUAAAAUGCUGCAGAACAAUCAGUUCAUUUACAGCGUAGCGUCACAUUCCUGCUGGGUCUCAUCUUCUGGAGGCAGAUCAGGGUAACAACUCUUGGCCUCUCCAGUCAAACGCUUUUAUUGUGUAGGACAUUUUGAUUUCAAUAUGAAACCUGCUGAUUUCUUCCUCUGGUCUGACUGUACUAAUGGUGUCAUUCCAAGCUUUGUGCACUUAAACCAGCUCAACCAAAUCUGUAGGACUGAGUGCAGUUCAGUGCCGUGAGUUUCUCUGUAGCAGCCCAUCUGAGAGCCUCUGGGAACGGGGCUCAUCCUGAUGUUAUGACUGCUCACAUGUUAAAUGUUUAUUUGCCACAAACUGAUUUCUGUUGAGAACGAUUCCUGGAUUUGCUCAACUAAAUUUCACGCCUACAUUCUUACUUUGUUUACUUUUAAUGAUGCUCUCCUUUAAGCGUUAUUUGAAAAAACAAGUAUUCCAAGUAUUUAUGAACCGAUGCUGUCUGCUAUUAAACUGUAGAUACAACGUAUGUUCGCUGUCCAGAGUUCUUCAUAUCGAGUUGCUUGUUCUGCAAUAAAUGUGAAGCUUGUUAAACUCA